AUGUAAUGUCAUCAUCAUUUAACCAAAGAGAUAAGCUUCUUAAAAAUCAUAGCCAGAAUUGACAGUGAUUUAAUAUACCAUUAAAAUGUGAUUUAUGAAAAUGAGGUAUUUAUCAAUCCAAGACUUUUUAUAAUACAGUAUUACAAAAGUUGUAAUGAGUACCAAGAUUCCAAGUCCUAAAAAGAUAUAGAGAGUUAGAUAUUCUUCGAAAAUAAAGGAUAGUAUUGA